AACUGGUCGAAGCUUGCGGGUAUCUCACGACCUCAAUUAUGUCACGAUCAUCCUCUGAGGGUUCUGGUUAACCCGUAUUCUGCCCAUUUAUACCUGGAGUUCUAUGGAUUGUGGCUUGAAAUCAAUGUCAAUGUCUAUAUGUUGGGACAUGAAGGACGUUCUCAUCCUAAGGUCGGCUUAAUUCAAGAUGCCCGCCAACGAACAAAGAAGUCCGGAGAGUCAUGACGAGUUCAGCCAUUCAAGCUCGACUACCAAACCAAGCAACUCUGCAGCUUCGGAGGAUGUGUAUUUCGAGGAUAUCUUUUCUCGCGAUUCUGGAUAUGACGGCGAUAUUGAGGUGGUGAAACCGUACGCUAUUGAGGAACCAGAGGAUGAAGCUCUUAGGCACGUCCCUAGAUUAGCCAUUUCGCCCGCUCCAAACGAUUCCGAAUCGUGGCAAGGGGAAUUAGUGGAUUCAAUGCAAGAUCUGCACUGCGACUCGGAUCAUCCUGACUGGCGCUGCCGUUCGAGCCACAAGAGAGGAAGGAAGAGGAAAACGCCCACCUUCGGCGCAGGAAAUUCCGCGCCUGGUCGACGACAACUCUAUGAGGUAGCCCCCGAUAUCCAGUACGAGGGACCUAGUGCGAGCCCAAAGAGAUUACGGCGACGAAGCAUGCGCCCCAAAGAAGGCCAAAGAACUCCUCUCUCACCGCGCAGCUCGACUGAAACCGGUUCCCCUGCAAGCCUUAGUCUGAGUCCUCAGUCCACGGAUGCAAGCGGGGCAAGCCCGAGCAAUAAACCUAACGUUAGUGAUGAAAUGGACAUAGAUUGA